AUGUAUACUAGAUGUGUCAUACUCGUAUUCGUUUCCUUGGUGGUGGCGGUCAACGCCCAGUCACUGCUCCCAUCAUUCACCUACAGUUUGAUUGUCUCACAUGUUGGUUAUGACUUUCUAGGUAAUUUUUCUUGGGAGACAGCGGACGAUCUGACGCAUGGCCGUGUCAACUAUGUUGACCAAGCUACUGCUCUCAAGGAUAAUCUGACUUUCGUUUCGGACUGCAAGUUUGUCAUGCGCGCUGACGAUACGAAAAAAGUUGCAAAAUCUGCCCGCGGGCGAGACAGCAUACGCAUACAUUCGCUGAAUGCCUACGAUGACGCUUUGUUCGUCCUCGACAUAUCUCACAUGCCCGAGGGUUGUGCAACGUGGCCUGCGUGGUGGACAUUGAGUGAGAAAGGGCCCUGGCCUUACGGUGGCGAAAUCGAUAUCAUCGAAGGCGUCAACCUCGAUCAACGAAAUCUUGCCUCGCUCCACACCACACCGAAUUGCACUAUGCCAAAGGUUCGGUUACAGACAGGGUCAACAGAGUCCACUUCGUGCGACACAUCCGUAAACUACAAUCAGGGUUGCGGUGUCUCUUUCUCUGAGCAAGAUUCUUACGGAGCAGGCUUCAACGCAGUGGGCGGUGGCUUUUAUAUCAUGGAAAAAAGCAGCACCAAGGGCAUCUCACUUGCUGCUUCUCGGUGGCGAGCCCCCUUGGACGUGGUGCUUCUAUCGAUACCCGAUGCGUACUUCCCAACAAAUAUAAACUGCGACUACUCCAAACACUUCAAUGCACAUAGAAUUGUUUUUGAUCUGACAUUCUGUGGCGACUGGGCAGGGUCUGAGGCAGUGUGGAAUGCGUCCACAUGUGCAGCAAAAGCCUCUACCUGUGAUAGCUUUGUUGACAGCAAUCCCGAUGAGUUCGCCGAAGCCUAUUGGGAAAUCAACUCCCUCAAGAUAUAUACACCUCAUGGUUUUUUGCGUUAG